AUGAACGACGCACUGAGAAGCGCUUUCCCCCCCAAGGCCAGCCUCACAGAGGCCAACUUGCCCGAUCAGAGCGGUAAGGUCUUCAUCGUCACCGGCAGCUCUGGUGGCUUGGGCAAAGAACUCGCAAAGAUUCUCUACUCGAGGAACGCCAAGGUGUACUUGGCAGCGAGGUCUGAGACGAAGACCACGGCCGUGAUCAACGAGCUGAAGGAAUUGUACCCCCAAUCCGCUGGCCACUGUGAAUACCUGCACCUGGACCUUAGCGACCUCACGACCAUCAAGCAAUCCGCCCAUGAAUUUCUCGCAAAGGAGAGCCGCUUGGACGUUUUGUGGAACAACGCGGGCGUCAUGACGCCGCCUCAAGGGUCCAAGACGGCCCAGGGCUACGAGCUCCAACUCGGCGUCAACGUCCUGGGCCCGUUCCUCUUCACCCACUUCCUCCGCCCGGCGCUCUCGGCCGCCGCGAGAGCCGCGCCAAAGGAUUCGGUCCGGGUCGUCUGGCUGUCUUCGGGGUAUGUGACCGUGGCGCCCAAGCCGCCGAUCGACCUCGGCAACUUGGACUACGCAAGGGACGAGAGCGCGACGACGAAGUACACGAGGAGCAAGGCAGGCAACGUCGUCAUCGCCGCCGAGUUCGCGAGACGGACGGCCGGCGAGGGCAUCAUCAGCGUGAGCGUCGACCCCGGCAUCUACAUGACCGACCUGCAGCGGACCAUGUCGUGGCAUUCGAAGAUCAUUGCGAAACUCCUCUCCAGCGAUCCGAAGAAUGGGGCAUACACUGAACUCUUCGCUGGCCUAAGUACAGCAAUUACCGGGGCAAGCAACGGAGGCUGGGUUAUUCCUUACGGACGGCUUGAUUCUGGCCGGGCAGAUCUUCUCGACACCGAACUUGGGAAGAAGUACUGGGAAUGGGUGGAGGAGCAGGUCAAGCCGUACAUCGCAUGA